CCGACAUAUUUGAACCUUGUUGAUUUAAAACAAGGGGACUAAAUGGUCCAAAUGGACGCAUCAAAGAAGAGAGCGCUCUUGAUUUGAACGGCACCCUCUUGUAACGUUUCGUAAUGAGCCGGUAGCUUGCCGGCAGGUAUUUUACUAGAUAGAUCCCGGCAGAUAGUUUAGGUUUUAUUCUAAUAUUUGUCAUGAAGUAUUGCAGGACAUUCUGCACCGUGUAUACACCCAUGUUCCAAUAUUUCGUAACAAAUAUUAGAAUAAAAUACAAGCAAACAAUAUCAGCACGUUGAUUUGAUUGAUACUAACUUGAUUUAAUAUUUAUGAACAAAGGAGCGGUAGGCAGAGAGUAUAUAACGGCGGUGGGGAUGUUGUACCGAUAGCGAUGUGGCGUGUUGUUUCUAAUUGAAUGUGAUGUUGUGGAAUUAUAUUAAUCUGAAUCUGGAAUGAAAUAUUUUAUUCAGUCGCUCUGGGAGAAGAGUGAAUCGAACAUGUGUAGUAAAGAAACUAUAUUUAUAAAUUUUAAAUAAGGAAGUACAGGUUAAGUGAGACCCAUGGAUAGCUUGGUGUUUAUGGAAUACGCCCUAGCAGGCCUAAUAAGGUUCUGGCUGCUAUGUUCAGAUUAUAGACAAACAGUUGCAGAUCGUGUGGAAGUUUCAACUCCUUUGAACUCUUGGAAGAGAGUGACAGAAGGUGCGUUUUUGUAUAAUGAAGGAAUCAAUCCCUAUGAUGGAGAUUUGUUUCAUGAAACACCUCUUGGACUUUUUGUAUUUAAAUAUAUGAUACAAUGCUUGUCGCAAUGGUUAGGUGUCAUAUUUAUUAUUUGUGAUUUACUUACUGCACAUUUGUUGUACAGAACAGCUUGCAUUUAUAUGAAAGAAUUGAUUGAAAAACAAACUUUAGAGAAAUCGAGUUAUGCCAAAGACACACAAGGGCUUCUUUUGAGAAAUGAAGAUCUCAAUUUGUCUCCUAUAUAUGUUGCAUCUGCAUAUCUUUUUAAUCCUUAUAUAAUAUUAAAUUGUGUAGGUCAAACUACAACUGUUUUUACAAAUCUCUGUUUGGCUGCUACAUAUCUAAUGAUGGUAAAAGGUCAGCAGCUGCCAUGUUGUUUUGCAUUGGCAAUGGCUACACUUCAAGCCCUGUAUCCAGCCAUGCUCGUUGUUCCAGCAUCAUUAUAUAUAGCUAAAAAAAACACAUGUGGAAUGAGUGAUAGAUGUUCCCAAAUAUAUUCUCCAUGGGCAACCUGUGGUCUUUUUGCAUGUGUAUUAUUUUUUCUGUUGUAUUUUUCAUCACAAUUAUCUGGAAGUUGGACAUUCCUGCAUUCCACAUAUGGGUUCAUUUUGAAUGUUCCUGAUCUCCGGCCAAAUAUUGGACUUUUCUGGUACUUUUUCACUGAAAUGUUUGAGCAUUUUCGACCUUUAUUUAUAUGCGCAUUCCAAAUAAAUGCAGCAUUCCUAUAUUUAGUACCACUUACUUUACGUUUACAUGAAGAACCCAUGUUGCUUGCAACAAGCCUUACAGCUCUUACUGCUAUUUUUAAAUCUUAUCCUUGCCUUGGUGAUGUUGGUUUUUAUCUUGCACUCUUGCCAAUGUGGAAGCAUCUUUUUAAUUACAUGCAACAGGGCUUUGUUGUGAGCUGUUUCUUUAUCAUUACUUCUGUGCUGGGGCCAAUAGUUUGGCAUCUUUGGAUAUAUUCCCGGUCUGCCAAUGCUAACUUCUAUUUUGGUGUUACAUUGGCUUUUGCUACAGCUCAGAUCUUCCUUGUGACUGACAUCCUUUUUGCAUACAUCAAACGAGAGUUCUCAUUGCAUUUUGGAUUGCAAAGAGAGGUGAAUGGAAAAGCAGCUAAAUUAGUGUUAGAAUGAAGAAAGUCAAUGCUUUUGUACAGUCCAGUGUAGAAUUCAUGUGUGUACUGCAGAAGUGUUCAUGAAUUUGUCUGUUACCACAAGUAUUGUAGACUGCCAAUUUGGAAAAAAUAGAAUAUAAUCUUAGUAUCUCUGAUUAUUUUCUUUCUGUAAUUCCCCAACUUUCU